GAAGCGAACCCGGUCGGGGCCCGGGCGGUGUCCCGGGAGGGCCCAGGGGGCGGAGCUCGCGGAGCCGGCCUCGCUGGGUCGGGGCGGGUCUGCGCCGCCGCCGUCUGUGCCGCCCCGCCCUCGGCCCCGCCGCUGGCUCUGUUCCUCACGCUGCAGCCCCCGCUGUAGCCGCCGCUGAGCCCACUGCUACCGCUUCUGAGCAGAAGAUGGCUGUGCCUCCCACGUAUGCUGAUCUUGGCAAAUCUGCCAGGGAUGUCUUUACCAAGGGCUAUGGGUUUGGCUUAAUAAAACUUGAUUUGAAAACAAAAUCUGAGAAUGGACUGGAAUUUACAAGCUCAGGUUCAGCCAACACCGAGACCACCAAAGUGACGGGUAGUCUGGAAACCAAGUACAGAUGGACCGAAUAUGGUCUGACGUUUACGGAGAAAUGGAACACUGACAACACACUAGGCACGGAGAUUACCGUGGAAGAUCAGCUUGCACAUGGCCUGAAGCUGACCUUCGAUUCAUCCUUCUCACCAAACACUGGGAAGAAAAAUGCUAAAAUCAAGACAGGGUACAAGCGGGAACAUAUCAACCUGGGCUGUGACGUGGAUUUCGACAUUGCCGGGCCUUCCAUCCGGGGUGCUCUGGUGCUGGGUUACGAGGGCUGGCUGGCUGGCUACCAGAUGAAUUUUGAGACCGCAAAGUCUCGAGUGACCCAGAGCAACUUUGCAGUUGGCUACAAGACUGAUGAGUUCCAGCUUCACACUAAUGUAAACGACGGGACAGAGUUUGGUGGCUCCAUUUAUCAGAAGGUGAAUAAGAAGUUGGAGACUGCUGUUAAUCUGGCCUGGACAGCAGGAAACAGUAACACUCGCUUCGGAAUAGCAGCCAAGUACCAGAUCGACCCUGACGCCUGCUUCUCGGCUAAAGUGAACAACUCCAGCCUGAUAGGGUUAGGAUAUACUCAGACCCUAAAGCCAGGUAUCAAACUGACACUGUCAGCUCUGCUGGAUGGCAAGAAUGUCAAUGCUGGUGGCCACAAGCUUGGUCUAGGACUGGAGUUUCAAGCAUAAAUGAAUACUGUACAAUCGUUUAAUUUUAAACUAUUUUGCAGCAUAGCUACCUUCAGAAUUUAGUGUACCUUUUAAUGUUGUAUGUCUGGGAUGCGAGUAUCGCUAAAUAUCAUGUUAGACUUCCAGGUUAAAGAUGAUUCAGCUUUAGAGUGUUACCCUUUCAGAGGUACAGAAGAAACCCAAUUUCAGAAAAGGUCCUUUCAGCUGUAGACUUGAGGGGGAGCUUGCUGGCCCCUCUAGAGAUGUCAGGUUUCUUUUUUACCUAGAAAUGGCUGCAAGUGGAAGUUGAUAAUUUGCAGGCACUUUGUAAUUUGUAAAUUCGUAUUGAGUAAAUGAAUGAAAUUGUGACUUCCUGAGAAUUGAACCUUGGUUUCCUACCCUGAUUGAGGAGAAGCUGUUUGAUGGUGUACACAAACUCAUCUGAAAGGGACUUUUUUAGGCAGGGACUUUUUCCACCCCAAUCCAUCACCUCUUUUACACCAAAAGUAGUCUGCAGGGCGUGGUAGCUGUUUCUUUUGUGCCAUUUUGGGGUGGAGAAGGUGGAUGUGAUGAAGCCAAUAAUUCAGGACUUAACUGUGUUUUUUCUCAUGUUGUGUUUUUUUGCCCUUGCACCAGAGUAUGAAAUAGCUUCUAAGAGCUCCAGCUGCAAGCUGGGAAGAGUCUCUGUGACUGUAAUCACAUGGUGACAACACUCAGAAUCUAAAUUGAACUUCUGUUAUAUUCUCGCCACUCAGUUUAUUUUUUAGCAGUUUAAUGGGUACAUUUUAGGGUCUUCCAUUUUGUGUGGAAUUAGUUCCUCCCCUUCAAAUGCUGUAAUUAACAUCACUUAAAA